AUGGCUAAAUUCCAACUUUCCUUGCCGAUUAUUCCGGAUGAACUGCUACAAGAAAUCUUCCUGCGUAGUAGUGCCAAAGCUGUAGGGAGAUGUAUGUGCUUGAAUAAAUUCUGGCACCGACAGCUACGCCAACCAGAGACAUGCAUACACCACAUGCGAAGGCAGAAAGUGUUAGAUCAACAUGUUUUGUUUCAUGUUGGAUACUCACUACUGUUAAUGGGUUCAGAUUCACUGUAUAUAGUGAAUGCUGCUUCUGGAGAAGAAGUGAAUGUUCAGCAUCCUUUCGGAGUUGGCAUCCAUGGGUGGUUCCGCAUUCUGGGAGUGUUAAACGGGAACAUAUGUUUCAAGUUCUCCCGUGAACAAGACGACACAAGACUUUUGGUAUGGAAUCCGACAACACAAUGCUCUAGAGAAAUUUCUGACCCCCACAAGGACCACGGUAGAUCGUUUUUCCCAGUAUAUGGUUUCGGUCAUGUUCCAAACUCAGAUGCAUACACAGUCAUACAUAUGUGCAAAAGGGACAUAGCUGAUGCCUACGUUUUUUUCUCUAGAUAUUGUUCAAGGCGUUCUACAUGGUUUCACUGCGUUGAUUGUCUCCCUGGUGUAGAAAAAAUUGACCCUAACUCUGUUUUUAAUAAUGGUCACGCGUAUUGGAUAACUGGUACAGGAGAUAGCUAUGCUACACCCAAGUCUGUUUUAUGUUACAGUGUAGAAGAUGAAUCAUUUAGCGAGGUGUCUAUCCCUGUAGGUGCAAUAUAUACCGUUCACAAUUUACUAACCCACAAGGAAAAACUUGCACUCCUCGCUCAUACACACAACGAAUUUGGGUAUGUCGCAGCAAUUUGGCACUUGAAUGAAGACGCGGAUGGAAACAAAAUAUUAGAGCAGUACUGCAGGUUUGCGAGUCGAAGCAUCAGAGAAAAUCCAAUACUAUUCGUGGAUGAUAACCUACUUUUGUUGGUGAACAAUUCAAAGGAAAGAGAGUUACUCGUCAAUUACAGGUACAGAGAGCUUGUGUUGACAGAAUAUGACAUCGAACAUGGCACUAGAAAUCUAUUGGUGAGGAGAGCAUGGCGAUACCCAGAAACGCCACACCCGAUCACAGUAAGGUCUACACUCAAGUAUUUUGCAGGGAUGUUUCCUGUCUAG